AUGGGGGAUAGAUAUCGUCGGACCUUUACCACCAGCUCCAGGAAAGGUUUAGAAUACCUAAGGAAAUUGCAUGCGACAACAGGCCACAGUUUGUCAGCGCAAAAGUCACAAAAUUCCUUGAAGAAAAGGCUGGAAGCAGCAAAAGGCCGUUGGCCCGAGGAAUUGGCAGGGGUACUCUGGGCCUACCGAAUAAUUGUCAAAUCAAGCACAGGAGAAACUCUAUUUUACUUCGUUUAUGGCGCAGAAGCUUUGAUACCGGUGGAAAUGGGGGAGCCCACUUUAAGGUAUUCCCAAGCAAAUGAAGAAUCAAAUAGCGAGGCAAUGCUAAUCAACUUAGAACUGCUCGAGGAACGCAGGGACCUGGCACAUGUCAGAAUGGAAGCUCAAAAGCAAAAGAUGGAGCGGUGUUACAGUCAAACAACCAACCUUCGUUACUCCAAAGUAGGGAACUUGGUCUUGAGGAAGCAAAUUCCCACCGGAAAGUUAAAUUUGCUACCGAACAAAUGUUACACUAUUGUUCUCGAGCACAAAGCACUAGAGGAUUUUCAG